GAAAGAGACGCUGCAGACUUGUAGCCUUAAAUAGCUGAGUUAUUAUUAUUUAUUAUUAUUAUUAUUAUUAUUAUUAUUAUUUUGUGACUGGUUUUACGUUUGAUCCAGCUGAAAAUAAAAGCUCGCUCUUGUUGCUGUGUUUGGGGAUUUAAAACUGCAUCCCGCUUUAAACCGUGAGGGAAGGAAAACAGACGCUGUGGGGCCGAAUCCCAAACAGAUCUCCACUCCACUGUUUCAGUGCACUUCGUAGGGAAAGAAAUAACGCACGUGUAGGCACUAUGUAGUGCACUAUUUAUCUAAUGAGGGGAGAUUUAGAAGCAGAAAAACCCCGAGUCGGCCUUAGCGGGGUGUGUUACCUUGUGUCGCUCUGUUUACAGUGAUCGAAUUUAAACAGACGUGUUAUGAUGAGUUCAGCAGGAGACAGUCCCCUCUCCCCCAGAGUCUCUCAGGCUGAUGAUGAUGAUGAUGAUGAUGGUCCUGAUCCCUCACAGCCGUGUGAGGACGUCAAAAAAGAGGCGUCAGGUAGCGAGAUGGAGGUCUGCGUGAAGACCGAGGAGACGCUGGAGCUUAACACGGACGGCCGUGGAGACGAGUUCGACAACACACCCGAAGUUAUCUCCGUUAAAGAAGAAGAAGCUGACCAUGAGGACUACCUCUACUGUGAAAUUUGCAAAUGUUACUUCUUCAACAAGUGUGAGGUUCACGGUUCACCCCACUUCAUCGCUGAUACCCCUGUUCCCAUGGGAGUCUGUGACCGAGCCAGACAAACUCUUCCUCCUUGUUUAGAGAUUCAGGACUCCAGUAUUCCUGGUGCAGGACUGGGGGUGUUUAAUAACGGGGAGACUGUUCCAGUCGGUGCACAUUUCGGACCCUACCAGGGAGAGCUGGUAGAACAAGAGGAGGCCAUGAACAGUGAAUACUCUUGGGUGAUACACAGAAGUGGGCAGUGUGAGGAAUACAUAGAUGCCAAAAGAGAGAUGCAUGCCAACUGGAUGCGGUAUGUGAAUUGUGCACGUAAUGAAGAAGAGCAGAAUCUCCUGGCCUUCAAGUAUCGAGGAAAGAUUUUGUACCGUUGCUGUCGACCCAUUAACCCAGGACACGAGCUCUUGGUGUGGUACGAUGAGGAGUACUCCAGAAAUCUUGGUGAUACGUUUAAGCACCUCUGGAUCAAAAAGUGCUCUUCAAAUGAAUUAAACAAGGCUCCAGUUCAUCUUUUCUCCUGCUCAUUGUGUCGACUUUGUUGUACAUCUCAAAUUCACCUCAGCGAACACAUCCAGAGCUGCCACUACAGAGAGUAUAUGACACAGCAGAGCUCAGGAGAGAGCAAGGUGCCAUCAAACUACUCGAGCAAUCGGCAAACAUCUGAAACUCUCAAAUCAGAUGCCUCUCAAAAGGAGACGCAGGAAAAAAUUGACACUUGCUCAGACAGUGGAAACAGUUUGACUCAUCAGAGUCCUCUCAAAACGUACGAGUGCAGUCAAACCAGUGAGACGCUGUUUCACUGCUUACAGUGUGGCAAGAGUUUUAGUAAAAAGAGUAACCUCCGAAAGCACCAACGCAUUCACACAGGAGAGAAGCCGUAUCACUGCUCACAAUGUGAAAAGAGUUUUAUUCAAAAAAGCGAUCUGCGGCAACACCAACGAAUUCACACAGGAGAGAAGCCGUAUCACUGCUCACAGUGUGGCAAGAGUUUCACACAUCAGAGUCAUCUCCAGUUACACCAGCGCAUUCACACAGGGGAGAAACCGUAUCACUGCUCCGAGUGUGGAAAACGCUUUAAUCAAAAGAGCAACCUCCACGUCCAUCAGCGCAUUCACACAGGGGAGAAGCCGUUUCAUUGCUUACACUGCGGAAAGAGUUUUACUUUACAGAGUCAUCUCCACGUGCACCAGCGCAUCCACACCGGGGAGAAGCCGUAUCACUGCUCCGAGUGUGGGAAGAGCUUCACUCAUCAGAGCCAUCUCCAGCGGCAUCACCGCAGUCACACGGGAGAGAAACCGUAUCGUUGCUCGCAGUGUGAGAAGAGUUUUAACCAUCAAAGUCAUCUCCAAAGACAUCACCGGACUCACACGGGAGAAAAGCCGUAUCACUGCUCACAUUGUGGAAAGAGUUUCUCUCAACAAAGUACUCUCCAACUUCACCAGCGCAUUCACACAGGAGAGAAGCCGUAUCAUUGCUUACAGUGUGGAAAGAGGUUUACGUAUUCACUAACGUUUAAGACCCACAAGUGCACCAACACAGAGCCAUUGCAUUAUGUGAAUUAUGUCUCAAACUAAAUGACUUGUAUUAUUUGCCUUUUUUUAUUUUAAAAUUACCUGUGUAAACCUUUUUUUUCCAUUCUAUUUACUUAUCUCUGAAAGGCAAAGCAUAUACUAUUUCAGCUAUUCAUAUUGUUAAUGUUUGCUUUUGAGUUUAAAUAUUCUUAAGAAAAAAAGAUUCUGUGGAGAUAAUUUAAGUGCAGCGUUGUCACUAUAGUCCAAACUGUCCAUUGUUUUUUUUUUUUGUUUUUUUUUUUGGUGUAUGCAUGUGAUAUGGAGUCCUGAUAUUAACAACAUUGAUUAGUGACAAAAUGACAGCAAAAUAAUGUAUUAUUAAUCUGGUGUUAAUUAAUUAUGACACAACUAACAGAUUCAAAUGAUUGGCCCAAAUGGUUCCUUGGACCGAUUGUAUGGCACUUGUGUGUUUGUUGUUUUUUUUCCUCCUGUCGUACAGACAUAAAAAAAUACAGUAAUCUUAAAGUUUGGAAAGAAGUGGCGUUGGUUCUGGAGAGUGUUUGUAGUUAGUACCGUUAGCCUGUGCUGCUAACACAAACCCUAGCAUGUAACGUACAACAAACUACAUUUUUACGUUAAUUAAUGGAUUAUUUAAUUUGUGUUUAACUAAUUAAAAGAUUUUACACACAGUCAUGUUAAAGUUAGUACCCCCCUUUUUCAUUCUUUUUUCAUGUAAAUACAGUGGGGCAAAGAAGUAUGAUGAACUAAGAAAUGAUGGAAACUAAGUAUUUGGUAACAAAAUUUCAUUCUAAUACUUUGUCAUUGUCAACAAAGGGUAUAUAACAGAGGUCAAACGUUUUCUGUAAGUCUUCACAAGGUUUUCACACACCGUUUCUGGUAUUUUGGCCCAUUCCUCCAUGCAGAUCUCCUCUAGAGCAGUGAUGUUUUGGGGCUGUCGCUGAGCAAAACGAACUUUCAAUUCCCUCCAAAGAUUUUCUAUGGGGUUGAGAUCUGGAGACUGGCUAGGCCACUCCAGGACCUUGAAAUGCUUCUAACGAAGCCUCUCCUUCGUUGCCCGGGCAGUGUGUUUGGGAUCAUUGUCAUGCUGGAAGACCCAGCCACAUUUCAUCUUCAAUGCCCCUGCUGAUGGAAGGAGGUUUUCACUCAAAAUCUCACGAUGCAUGGCCCUAUUCAUUCUUUCAUUUACACGGAUCAGUCGUCCUGGUCCCUUUGCAGAAAAACAGCCCUAAAGCAUAAUGUUUCCACCUCCAUGCUUCACAGUAGGUAUGGUGUUCUUUGGAUGCAACUCAGGAUUAUUUCUCCUUCAAACAUGACCAAUUGAGUUUUUACCAAAAGGUUCUAUUUUGGUUUCACCUGAAACCAAACGUUCAUAUGACGUUUUUCCAAUCCUCUUCUGGAUCACCCAAAUGCUCUCUAGCAAACUUCACACGGGCCUGGACAUGUACUGGCUUAAGCAGGGGGACACGUUUGACAGUGCAGGGUUUGAUUCCCUGGCGGUGUAGUGUGAUACUGUUGGUAGCCUUUGUUUCUUUGAUCCCAGCUCUCUGCAGGUCAUUCACUAGGUUCCCCCGUGUGGUUCUGGGAUUCUUCUUGUGUUCAGUUCUUGUGCUCAUUUUGCCCCAACGGGGUGAGAUCUUGUGUGGAGCCCCAGAUGGAGGGAGAUUAUCAGUGGUCUUGGCACCAGCCUGGUGCAGGUUUACACUUUUGUUUCUGGUGUCCUUUGACAGCUCUUUGGUCUUGGCCAGAGUGAAGUUUGGAGUGUGACUGACUGAGGUUGAGACAGGUGUCUUUUAUACCGUUAAUGAGUUCAAACAGAUGUCAUUAAUACAGGUAACGAGUGGCGGACAGGGGAGACUUAAAGAAGUUACAGGUCUGUAAGAGCCAGAAAUCUUGCUUGUUUGUAGGUGACCAAAUACUAAUUUUAACUAGGAAUUUACCAGUUAAUUCUUUAAAAAUCCUACAAUGUGAUUUUCUGGAUUUUUUUCUUAUUUUGUUUCUCAUAAUUAAGGUAAACCUAUGAUGAAAUUACAGGCCUCACUUAUCUUUUUAAGUGGGAGAACUUGUACAAUUAAUGGCUGACUAAAUACUUUUUUGCCCCACUGUACAUAAUAAAAAUUAUAAAUAAUUCAAUAGCUUGUAGAUCCAUGUUUAGCAGCAGUGACCUGAAAUAAGCUUUUCCUUUAUGACUUUCAGUCUCUCACAUUCUUUUGGUCUAUUCUACCUUAUAACAUUGUUUCGGUUCAUUAAGGUUGUUGGUCAUUUGCUUAUCCACAGCUCUUUUAAGGUCCCGCCAUAGCAUUUCAGUUGUGUUGAGGUAUGGACAUUGAUUAGGUCAGGGGUUGGCACCAUGCGGCUCUCUGUGGCUUUGGAAAAUUAAUAAGUAUUUAUUUAAAACUUUUUAUUUUGUUUUUAAUAAAUGCAAUUCUAAAUUUUAAUUAGGUGAUCUUGUAACAUUAAAAUAAAAUUUAGUGUUAAAUCUGCCGACAUGAGAUUUACUAAGCUUUUUAAAUCCCCGUAUUAGUUUUUUUAGCGGUCAACCAGUUUUAUCUUCAUUUUAGAUGUCAAAAGGGUUUUGUGGCUCCUGGUGUUUUCUUUUCUGUGGGUAACGGGACCAAAUGGGACCUUUAAGUGUUUAAGCUUGCCGACUCCUGGACUAGGCCAUUCCAAACCUUUUGAUUCUUUUAUUUUUCAGCAAUUCUGAUAUAGAUGUACUGGUGUGCUGGAUCAUUGUCUUGUUGCAUGACCUAAUUUUGACCAGGUUUUUUCAGCCAAGGCCUCACACUUGCCUGUAGAAUACUCCGGUACACAGAGGAGUUCAUGGUUGACUCAAUGACUGCAAGGUGCCCCGGUCCUGCUGUGCUUGACAGUGGGUAUCGCGUUGAGCAUUAAGACCAAACAACUCCCAAAAGCUGUGUGGUUCAGAUGUUCUGCAAGCAUUAAUUAAUCAGAAGAGGUUUCUCCUGGUAACUCUUACAAACAAACCGUAUUUGUUCAGUCUUUUUAAUUAAACUUUCAUGAACUUUAAAAUGUUCAGUGAGGUCUGUAGGGUCUGCACUGUAGCUUUUUUUUUUUUUUUUUUUUUCUCUGUACAUUUAUAUAUUUUUUUUGUAUUAUUGCACAGUCUGACCUUGAGGUGAAUGUGCUGGGACGUCCACCCCUGAAACGAUUGGCAUUGAAUGUGUUUCACUUGAAUAAUCUUUCUCACUGUAGAAUGAAAAACUGUAGAAUAUGAAAAAUAAUUCUAAUUGUUUGGAAAUGGGUUCAUAACUAUUUCCAGAUUUAUCUGUAAGACCAUUGCUUAUUUCUUUCCAUCUUGGUAUUGUGUUUAGACACAUCCAUAGCUUACAGGAAACUUCCAAAACUUUUGCUUGUGAUCACUUAAUCAAUGGCUGAUGAUUAGCAGCACCUAGUAUUGUCUGCUUGUUGUUUUUUUGGGGGGUUCAUUUUGGUUUAAUAAAAAAUCACAUGGUGAAAAAAGUUA